ACAUCCUCCAUUGCCAGCACAGGGAGAUACACAUCCACACCGCAAAAAUGUGGCGAAAUGCAGACUAUAAUAUCAAUUUCGAAGGCCAUAAAAGAGCCGCACCGAUAUCCGCCAUGUCCCUCCCUCAUCACCUCAAAGAUUGGCAUUAUCCCGAAAAAUCCCAGGCUUCAUGCGCAACACCCCUCUCUCCCGCCUACAAAACGGCGAUGGGAAAGACCAUCUCCUCCGCUCCGAGGACCACAUCGCCCCGAACACCAAUUUCACAAUAACCACCUUAUCCACGUCCUCGUUGCACGAUGGCGAUGGGGAUCUCGAGGAUACGUACGGGAGGACAUUGCGGGGGAAGAAUAGCACGUUCGCGGAUCUGACGCCGGGGGCGCUGGAGAAGAUCCUUGAUUUCAUUGACGAACCUACCGCGUUGCUUAGGACGUGCACACGGCUAAGGAAUGUAGGCAGGAAUGUCGACGUGCGGUACCAUUGGUUGGUCUCGCCGCGGCGCGCACGGCGGCUGCCCAAACUCGUUGGCGGUUCGUGGGGUGCCCAUGCCGCGGCGAUGACGCGGGCGAUGGAUUUGAUAUUCCGGGCAUGCAAGCGUCGGAUUGUUUCGGCGGAAUUGAUUGAAUUGCUGCAAUCGCAGGGGGAUCUGCCGCCUAAUGUAGGCAGUUUGAGGAGGGAUGUGGCGGUGAUGCGCGGGGCGGGGCCACGGGUGUGGGGUGGGUGGAAGGUGUUGGAUGAUGCGGUGGCGGAGAUGGGCGAUGAUGAGCGGGUGGUGGAGUGGUGUGUCGCGGCCGGCUUUGUGACGGAUGUCGAUGGCGUUGUGCAGGGGAUGUUGGGGAGAGGAUGUUUAGAGGGAUGUGUCAGUGUCCUGCGAGGUGUCGUUGAGGGCAACAAAGAUGAAGAAGGUGCAGACGGUGCAUUGGUGUCGAAAAGCGCUGCGAAAAACUAUCCGGGAUCGCAACAUUCGCUAGCCGGUGGAACAGCUUCUCUUCCACCCUUGAAGCAGACUCCAACAUCCGGAAUGACGAUAAUCAAUCCACACCCCGCCAUCCUCGACCACCUCAUCUCCCAAUCCCCACUGCAUCCGCUCUUCCUCCGCAUCCUCCCUCACCUCUCCCCACCGCUCAUCCCCGCCUCAGCCCUCCCUCAGCUUCUCGCACACCCACACCUCCUCACGGCAAUCUUCACGCACGCCCUCCUCCCGCUCGACUCGAUCCUGCUGACACUCGCACAAUCCACCGCGCCCAUCCGCAAACAAAUCCUGGCAACCCUCGCGAUGCAUCAAAAGGUGAUCGAGGGGCAAAUCAAAGGAUGUCAGGAAGGUGCAGGGCGUUUGAUGCGCAGGGCGGCGAUGGAGGAUGAUGGGGAGACGUGUGAGUGGCUGGUUGAGGCUGGGGUGUCCGUGCCGGCUGUGGUUAUGAAGAUGGCAAAGGACAUUGGGUCGAAGAAAGCGAUUAAGGCGCUUAAGAAAGGAAAGACGUGAGAACAGAGUGAAGGAAACAUGGACAUCUUGUGCGG